UUCAUUCGAAUCUCUAUGUAUCGGAGUGAGCCAUUCAUUUGAACGACAGUGUGUGAGAUUCACAUAUUUAGUGGAAGUUUUGAUUUUUGUUACGUUUUGUUUAUUUUUUUUGUUGGCUUUAUUGGAUAAAAAAAUUUUUUAAAAAAGAUCAAAAUGUGAAUUGUAGAGAGAAAACGUUUACAAUGCGCCUGAUUAAACAGAGUGGUUUUAAGUAUGAAUUUAGGUGUUUUAAAGCCUAAAUUGUCUCGGAUCAUGCCGGUAGCUUUUCAAUAUAUUUGGAUAUUACCCCUUUGUAUGGGGACAAUGAUAAGUGUUGUUGAUACAGAAAAAACUGUGAUUGCAUGGAAUAGGUCAAAUCAGCUGUUCCAAACAGAAGGUGGUGCUCAUUUGACGCUUCCAAUACUUACAAAUCUCAUGGUACUAUGUCCGUGUAAUACCACACCUUCUGAAUACUACAGAGUCUACUGGGUUGCGGAGGAAGGAUAUAGAAGAUGCUUUCUGACGCAUAAUGACUCACAAAUGAUGGUGGACUGUGUAAAUCCACAUGAGAAAGUAAAUUUUACCCAGGAGAUCAGAACGUUCAGUGGAGUUCCUGGUGGCAAAGAUUUUAAGAUUGGAUCAACUUAUUACUUAGCAACUUUCUCAACUGGAACACAGAAUGGUUUAUUAAAUGAAGAACAUGGUGCUUGCAAGGACCACAAUCUUAGACUGAAAGUCACAAUAACUGGACAGAUAACUCACAGUACUCAAAAGCCAACAAAUACACCAGCUUCGACAACAAGAAAAAGCACGCCUUCUCCAACCACAAGGACGACGAAAUAUACUACACGAAGCACAACAAAAACAACAACACAGAGUACAACGACAAAACAGACGACACAAACACCUCGAACUACAGACAUUCCCGAUUUGACAGAUAUACCUGUCAUCAGUGUACCGGACACUCCCGGAGGAAAUACCGGAGUUAUAGAUAUUUCAAGUGCACAGACUUUACGAGUGUCAUUGACACUCGUGCUCAGUGUUUGUCUUUCAUUAUUACAUAUACUGUACCUAAAUGUGCCGUUGAUUCAGCGGUAGCAGUAGCUACAUUACACAUAGCUAUUUUCAUCUGUUUGAAUGAUCUGUUAUUGAUUUCACUGCAAACUCAUCCGUUUGUUCGUUCUGCUCAUCUUUGAAUGGAUGGAUGCCAAAAAAACUUGGAAUAGAUGAAUGUGUAUGAAGUCAUUCCAUUGAUGGUGAUUUUAUGCAAAUGGCUAUAAAUAAUAUCAUUAAAAAGCUGUGCUUUCUGAAUUAAUCUUUUCAAAAGAUGCCAGAAAUUGACUGGUUUACAUUCAUCUGCUUCACUUGCGGUUCAGAACUGCUUUUUAUGGCUGAAAUAUUAACCAGUCUAUGCAGACUGGAUCACAGUUUCAGCAGCAACAUACCAAAUGUGCUAACCUAAGAAGAAGUUAUGGACACAGUCUGUGACAAAAACCUAAAAAAUUGUGAUAUGUUUAAGAAUAGCAGUGCUCUUGCCUGUACAUAGCCAUGUUUAUGGGUUGGAGGUGCAAGAGGACAAAUUGACCUCAUUGGAAAAAUUAGCUGGAAACCUACUGGUGGGAACCAGCAGAUGGACAAGUACUUCCUCGAUGAGAAAUGGACUGGUUUAAGUGGAUGCAUUCAAGAUCUUGCCUCAUUUUGGACUGUGCUUCCAGCAUCAGAUUUUAUUUCACAUUUCAAGCGGAACUGGAAGGAAGGUUCCGUGAAAAUUAUUUGGACCGAUUGCACAGUUGAGGUCAUUGAAUAGAUCUGCAUUUUUCAUUAAAAUUUAUUGUCUGUGAUUUUGAAAACAAGUAAAAAUGCCAUAAAAACGAAACUAGCAGGACAUGACUUUUCAAUUCCUUUUCAGAUUGGAGACAUUUCAUUAGUAGUUAUAUCUGGCAAGAUGUUUUGACUAAAACUGAGAUUUCUUUUAAACGUUUUUUUUAAAUUUAAUUUUGAACUAUAUCCACUCAUUAUAAAUGUGCAAAUUAAGAAUGAAUUUUUCCACCACUUCAAAAUUACAACUGAAAAGUCAGUCUUGCGUCAUUGUAAGUAAGCCAUAUACUUGUCUGUCGGGAGAAAACAUGUCUGUAAGUUAACGUAUAUUUAAAGGUUUGUUUUUGUUAUAACAGAACAUAUAGCAUGUUCUCCUUCCUUAAGACAAUGUUUUUUUCUGUAAUGUAAACUUUAAUCAGUGUUAAGGAAUUUUCAUUUGAUGUUCAAAGUCCCGAUUGUUUCAUGUUGGUUAUGGUUGAACUUUUGUGUUCUAAUAUUUAUGAUAGUCAUUAUUUUUAUUUGUCUCAAUUAAUUUCGUAUCAGUUUGAAAGUCUUACAUUCAUAAGGUUCUCUAUUUUGAUGAUUUAUUUCAGUUGAGGUAUUUGUUAUUUCGAAAGUCAUAACUAGAUCAGAACUUAUCCUUCAUGGAAGACAAUUUGACUUAAAGUUUGCCACUUUUAGCUUGAAAUUUUCAUUUAAGUCAUUGGUCAUAAAAUGAUCAUAGAUUUCAGUAUUAAAUACAGGUAGAACAUUCCAAAUUUCACAGAUAUUUGUGUUGAUAGGGCUAGUCCACUGCUUGCAGAUUUAUCUCCCCUUUUUUAAUAAGUUUGGGAUACCGUAAAAUCUAUAUAUUGAGACCACACUUGAAAAUGAAAAAGUCCUUGUUUACAGUUGGUCUGUAAUACUAGGUAAAGUUGAACAGUUAGAGGGAAUGGUAACCUUUCAGUGUAUGUAAAAAAAGUUGUGGUCUUAAUUCAAGGGUGGUCUUUAACUAUGGGUUUGACUGUAUUGUAUCUUCUCAACCAUACCGGUAAGUCCCAAAUAUUUGCACAAAUUUUGUACAAGAAGUAAUAUAUUAGGUUUUUGGCUGUUUCUUCAAAGAAGAAAAAUAUUUAUUCAUUAGAACAAUAGUUAUUUCUCCUGUACUAAGAUUUUACAUAAAAAAAUAUUUUUUGUUAAAACUUAUUAAAACUGAUUUCAAAUAUGAUAUAUCUUAUAUGAGAAAAAAAACAACUCCAAACAGGAAUUAUGUUAUAUAAAAGUUCAGUUUUAAAGUCUUUUUGUAGAGCCUUAUCCCUGCUGUAUGAUGCUUGAAAUAUUUGUGUAUUGCAGUGCAAGUUAUUUUUCUAUAAAGCCUUGUGGUGCUGUAGUUUUUUUUCAACUGGGUAAGAAAAUUCUUCAAUUUAAAUAUUAUAAUGUAGUGUAACAUUUCUAUCUUUUUGGGGGGUGUUUUUGUAGCAUCUUUUUCUCUUUGAUGUUGAUUUUUUUCGCAAUAUUUUUAAUGAUGAAAUCAUAUGAUUUAUAAGUAGUGUGCACAGUUUUAUUUAUUUCACAUUUUUAUCAUGAUCUUUAAUAUAAGCAACAGAAAUUUGAGCCGCGCCAUGAGAAAACCAAUAUAGUGGAUUGGCAACCAGCAUGGAUCCGCACAGUCUGGUCUGGAUCCAUGCUGUUCGCUUUUAAAGCCUACUGGAAUUGGAGAAACUGUUAGCGAACAACAUGGAUCCUGACCAGACUGGGCGGAUGCGCAGGCUGGUCUGGAUCCAUGCUGGUCGCCAAUCCACUAUGUUGGUUUUCUUAUGGCAUGGCUCAUUUAUUUGAAAUUAUAUUUUUUAUACAUCUACAGUCAUUAUAUACUCAUUAAUCACUGUAAUGACUUAAGUUGUCAAUCAUUGGAGAUAACUUUUAAUUUAAGUAAUUUAGAAAUAUUUUUUGAUGCUGGUUCCCUCAUCUGACACCAUUGCGCAAAAGACACAACUUAAGUGGAAUUUUCUUGAAGUUGGUUUGUUGCUCAGGGAUGGCAGUGUCCAUAUAUAUUGAGGGAGAUAUUAUACUGAAAAAAAGGUGAUCUUCUCUUGUGUUUUUGUAUCUUUAUUAACCAGUCCCUGCAACACUACCCACCCUGCUGUAAAUAUAUACUAAGUUGUUAUUGUUAAAAACUAUAAUCUCAUUAAAGUUUCUGUUAAGCCUAUGAUAAAAAAAUUCAAGAAUUUUUAGAGAGUAUUCAAUAUGCUUGUUCAAAAUUUUCAUACUAACCUUAAAUGAAAGAUUGUUAUUCGUUGGUAGUUUGAAAAAAAAACAUAAUAACAUUCUUUUUGGCAGUUGUUAUUGGUGAAACCAGAGUGAUACUGAUGCCUGAUUGGUUACAAUAAAAUAAAUAAUGCUUUUAUGAAUUUACAGCUGGGUUAGUUCUAUUUUUAUGUUACAAUUAUUUUUGAUUUUUUGUAUAUACAUGUAUAGACAGUGGAGUUACCUUCACUCUAAUCAUUUAUUUAAUAUGUUAAUAUCGUCAUAGCAACAAAUUGAGUAACAAAUCUGAAAUAAAUAGAAUAGUCAGUGGUCAUACUAACAUCAGUGUUGAAAUGUUUCAGAGAAAGUCUUCAUGAACUGCAGAUCCAGUAAUAUUUGUGAUUGUUUUAUAUUUGCUCAUAUUCCUAAAACAGUGUGAACACAAUUGAAUAUGCUUUGAAGCACAUUCUUAAGCUUUACCCUGCUAAAUUUCUAUAAUGGACUGGUCCAUCAUUCAGUUUGGGCAGUACCAUUUAUUAUUUGAAGGGGUGUUCACUGAAAAUUUAUUAACUGGAUAGCGAACAGUGAAGACCAUGAUCAGCCUGCACUGAAAGCAGAAGGCAGAAACAUUCGCCCUGUUUAAUUGCAAAAUAAAAUAUCACAGAAAUUGCUGAAUCUAUAGUUGCUUUCAUUAGUCAGAUAUUGUUGACAGUUGCAAUUGAUGCAAUACAACCAGUUUUCAUUUAAAUUAAAAAAAAAGCAUGAAAAAUAUAUCAGUCAUAACUAAUACGUCAAUAUGGAAAGCUAAAUGAUUUUUUACUGCUCUUCUAAGUCACUUGGAAAUUAAACAGAAAAUUCAUUUUGCAGAGAAUAAAAAUUCACUGUUAUGCUCUUGGUAGAGAAAAGACGAACAAAGUUGUAUAACUGAUAUUGGAAGGCCUUUCAAUCCAAUAAAAUCUUGGGUAUUUGAAGACGUUUUACAAUAUACUUUUAGUUUAUACUAAUUUGUUUUAGCUCAAUUGUGAUGAAAGCUUCAAGCUUAUUGUAACCACUCUCAAGUCUUCUUCCUGGAAAAAACAAGUACUGGUGUCAUAUGAGAAGUCGUGGUCGUGACCCCAAUGGGAUUCGAACCCAUGACCUCUUGGUUGAGCGGCCUACACAAUAUACUUUUGCUACAUGUAAUUUUUGUUCUUUGCAGUUUAAAGUUUAUUGGAUGAUUAAGAAUUAAGAAGAACAGAAUGUAACUAUACUUUUUGAAGAGCAUGUCAUUUUCAUUUUUCAGAUACCUGUAAUGGCAUAACAUUUAUAGUAAUUUAUAUACAUUUUUGCAAUAUUUUCUCUUACAUUGUAUACAUUUUGAUAUAGAAAUAUCUACUAAAAGCAAUUUUUAAUUAUCUCUUUAUGAUUUUAAGUUAUUGAAUACCUCGAUAUACAGUCGGCUCUUUUGAGUUGGAGAAUGAAAUGUAAUUACUGCAAUCAUGAAUUUGACAUUGUUAGACUGCAGUACAACUUGGCAUCCUUCAGGCGUUUUGACCUAAAUGGCAAUGAAAUUGAUAAAACUCUCUUUUUAAGAAAAAGUCCAAAUAUUUUUCUGCCAAGAGUAGAAAUACAGAUACUGAUUACUGCAGAUGGCUUGCGGAAUGUUGGUGGUUCUAGUCUGUACGUAAAAUAAUCCCCGAAAGAGCACAUGGUGUUUACAAACCACUGAAGCUGCACAGUCUCCGUAAUUAUGACCAAAAUUAGUUCAAAUUGUCAAAUAAGCAGCCAAUUAACAAAAUUAAUCUGUAAUAUGAGAGUGCUUUGAUGAAUUUCGUUUGUAUAUAAUUUCAUAUACAGUAUUUCGGUGAUACAACUGUAACUCUGUAAGGUUAUAGACUUCCUGAGUGAGUAAAAUCUGAAUGAAAAUUUUUGUAAAUUGAACAGAAACUGAUACAAUAAAAGCAGUUGAUACAGAAUGUAGAAUCGUGAAGUUUUGGGAAAGUUACAUGUGUCGGCAUGCAUUGCUCUGUUGCUCAGCACUGUUUUAUGUUAAGAAAAUCUCUAAAACAUUAUAAAUUUGUUGUCGAGAACUAUUGUAACAUAGUAAGAAAUUGUUAAAACAUCAAGAAAAUUCACGUUUUUUCAACUAUUUUUCAACUCAUAUUUCAUAUUACAUAAUUUUGAUGUCAGAGACAAAAAGUGUCCGCAAUGCAAGAAUUUUUAGAAUAUUUUUGAUGGGGUGAGUUUCAGUUCUGGCAAUAAAUUUAUGAAGUUUUUCUGAGGUCAUGUUUCCUUGAUAACUUACAAAUAUUGUAUUAAAUAGCUGUACAUUUUUGGAGAAAAAGAGAGAGAGAUAUAUAUAUAUCCUGUAAAUAUGUACAGAAAUUGUAAAUAUGAUAAAAAUGAGAGUGUUGUGUGUAUAUCAGAAAGAGUAAUUUUCUAUAAAAAUGGUAAAAAAAAGUUGGACAGAUAUAAAUGAUAAAAUGUUACAUGUGUUUUUACUUGCAUAAUGUUUAACUGUUAACUCAAAAACUGAACUUUCUGUUUACUUUAUGUUGGGGAAUAUGUUGUAAUCCAAGUGAAGAGGCAAUUUUUGAUUGGUUUCUGAUAGAUUCCAGAAAUUUGGCUUACUGUGCACUUACAAAAAAAUGGCAAACAGUUAAUAAUUGUCACUUGUCAGAAUGUAGUUCAGAAAAUUGCUUACUGCACACUUAAAAAAAAAGCAAACAGUUCAUAAUUGUCUUUUGUCAGAAUGUAGUUCCAACCAUUUACUUUAAGUUAAUGAAUUGUAAUGAAAUUAACCUUUUCAAAAUUACAGAAACAUUCUUAUCUUUGCUUGAUGAAAUAACAGUUAAAACGUUUUCUCUGAACGCUUAUUUCUUAAGGCAACAAGGCAACCAUAAAAGUUCUAGAAAAUUGCAGUUUAUGGGAGUUCAGUAUUAACGACUUGAAAGUUUGGGCUGUUUUGUGUGUAUUGGGAUGUGUAACUUGUGUAGUUUUAAAGCUUUACUAAUCUGCAUACCAAAUUCCAUCGACAUAGGCUCAAUCAAAUUUUGUUCCAAUUUGCAUAAUGUCUCUGCUACUUCCUUUUAUUGUAGUAUUAUAAUGAUACCAGAUUUCUCAGAAAAGUUUAUAUAAUCAGUUAAUCAGAUUAGAUUGAUUUACUUGAUUUAUAAUGGAAAUCAUAUUUUAUAAGUGAUGUUUUUUCGGAAGAAUGUUUUUACCAAGAGUUGUCAUACCAAUAGCAGCUUUAACACAUAGAAGCUACCAAAUUACAGUUGGAGUGAAUAAUUGUAACAUAUUUAUUUAUGCUUAGUUUCAUAUAAAAUAUAUAUUCAACCUAACAAAAAAAACAGAAUCAAAUAUUUAUGAAAACUCCUGCAUAAUGUUCUAUUUGUAAAUUAUUUCAAAAGCAUUCAUUUGUCCAAAUUGCUGGUUUUACACAAUACAGCUUUUAAUAAACUUUGACAGGAUGACAGACCCCCCUUCUAACACUAAAUAAGUGAGCAUUAAAUUGAUGAAGAAUAUUUAGAGUACACGUAAAACAACAAUUUUGAUUUUUCUUAUUGUUUGACAACUCUUAGAAAAACGAAGUCUUAUAGAAUAUUACAUGUAGUUUGAAAAUGAAUGGUACUUGAAUAGAUCAUAAUAAUUGUGCAUAUAUAUCAAUCUGCUACUGUUUCUUUCAUCAUAAAACUUCUGAUCUGUUGACUUAAUGUAUUUGAUGCUUGUUUUCUUUAAUAUACAUGUACUGUUGAUUUUGUAAUAAUGAUCUAAUGAAAUUUUUAAUUGUGCAAUUGUUUUGUACUUCAUUAUGUAUAUUGAAGAUUUUCAUUAAAAAUCUCAUGAAACUAAAAA